AGAAGAAGAAACUCCAGGAAGUGCUCCAUUAUUAUAAACAUUCAGACAACUAAUCUACGCUUUCACCUUUCAGCUGUCAACAAUGCUGUCACUGAAUAAUUUACGCCUUAUUUGCAUAUCUCAGACUCUUCAGCAUUCACCGAAGUUAUUAGCGAUCAGGCAAUGCUUAUCAAAGGCUUCCUCUUGUGCAACGCUAUGCAACAACUCUAUCACCUUCAGCAGUAAGGGCACAAGGAGGCACACAGGCUUCAGAUUACUGAACGAAAGUACAGUAAAACAUGUCAGUUCACUGCAAAGGACUUUCUGCACGGCCUCUGUGAAGCUACACUGUUGGAACUGUGGCCAGUCUCUCGAACAAACUCCGGCCUUCUUCUGUUUAUCUUGUAAUUUUGUCCAGCCUCCAGAUGAGGUGGUAUCCUACUUCCAGAUUAUGGACUGUGACCAGACCUUUGCACUGGAUACCCAGAGGCUGCAGAAAACAUACUUGAAGCUCCAGCGGUCUCUUCACCCUGACAACUUCAGCCAGAAAACUGCGAAAGAACAAGAGUACUCUGAAUACCAGUCAGCCCUAGUGAACAAAGCUUACAGGACCCUGCUCAAGCCUUUGAGUCGUGGCCUUUACAUGCUGGAGCUGAAUGGCAUGGGGAUAGAGGAGGGGACUGAUGCGGGGGCUGAUCCCCUGUUCCUUAUGGAGUUGAUGGAGAUCAACCAAGCACUGGAAGAGGCACAGAGCAAAGAAGAGUCUGAUAAGAUAGGCGCCUCUAUGAAAGAGAAAUUGAAAGACUUGACUGAACAAAUAGAUGCAUCCUUGCACAAAGGAGAGCUUCAAGCUGCCAAAGCACUUCUCGCCCAAAUGAAAUACUUUGCGAACAUUGAAGAGAAGGUGAAGGAAAAACUUUCAGAGCUAAUGUAAACUGUGUUGACUUCCUUUUGACGCUUCCAGGGUCAUUUUAAGGUUGUUGAGACUUUCAAAAAUACAAUACCACAUUUUAAUAGAACAUUUUAAAGAUGUAUUCGCAUGCAAGUUUCAGGUAUACAAAUAAAUGUGAAAUAUUUACUGAUUA